AUGACAUCCCCACCACAUAAUCCUUUGGCCAAAAUUAACCAGUGGAAGGACUCAGCUUGGUCUCACAUGAGCACGAAGCUUCACGUCAACUCCUCAAGUCCCAUAAAUGACGAGAUCCUGGACUUUGACGACCAGGUAACUCAGUCCCCUCAUGACACACACAUAGAUCCAGACAACUCAUUGUGCUUCAAAGAUACCACCACCGAGCUGGAUGUGACUUUGGACGAUUUCGACAUGAGCGUGGAUACAUCUGACAUCGUCGCUCACGCGUUACCUAUGGAAUCAGAUUUCGAUCCAGCGGGCGGUGGUGAUGAUGAUGGUGGUGGUGGCGGUGUAGCUGGAGAUGAAUAUACUAGCAACAAUGAGCCGCUCCACAACCAGGACCACGAUCAUGUCCAUCCCCACGAUCAUCUCCAUCACCAUGACCAUGCCCAUCACGACCACCAUAGUGACAAUCUUCACUCACACAAUGUUCAUCCUUUCCAAAUAAGUCAAUCGAACUCCAGUUCAACCAUCUCAUCGUUUGACUCCUCGGCACCGACUUACUCAGACACUUUACCCACAAAUUCUCUACCCAGUUCCAUGUCACCUUCCAACACAAGAACCCCGGCUAGACGCCGCUCGGUGUCAGCCACGCCGCAGACAGCCUCGCACGGGUUCCACCAACAGCCGCUUGUAAUGCCGCAAUAUCAGACUCCCAUCAAGAAGACUGAUUCUUUGACGCCGAGACGGCUGAAAAGUCGUUCAUUAUCCCGGCUGUCCCUGGAUCAUCUGAGGUCUCCUGCAGGAAAUCCUUUUUACACACCGCCGGCCUUUUUAUCUCCCAAGCUAGAGAGUCCUUACAGUUCAAGAGAUACGCCGCAACAGGAGGUAGUGAUGAUUUCUCCGUCACAGCUCUCUCUAUCACUGAAUCGCAAGUCACGUUCCUUCACAGCUCCAGCUGGGAUACCGAAGAAGCUUCGUACGGCCCCAUCUUUUUCUUUUGCAGAUUUACCUCCACAGCCUUUACCACAAUCUCAUAGUAUGUACCAUGUUCAAGGUGGUUCGCAUAAUUCUGUACCAAAAUCGGCCCCAGCGGCCUUCAAUAGCAUGCAAAGAUCCAGGUCUUCUACAAAUCUAUCGGCAAUUGCCCUUAGUAAAGAGUCUUCGCUCUCCCGGCGGAACGUAACUGCCUUAGAGACACCUUUCCAGGUCCGACAAACGAGCCAGCAACUUCAAAAAGCCUCCACAGUACCAAAUAUGCAUUCAGAAGUGAACAUGACCGUUCCAGAACAUAGAGAAGUGUUUCAUGAGGAGAUCGAGGACACUGACAAGGUGAAGGAGAUUGAAGAAGAGAAAAAGAAGAAGAAAUUCAGCUGUCCCGUAUGCCACGCCAGGUUUCAAAGACCAGAGCAUGUUAAGAGGCACAUGAGGUCGCAUUCAAGUGAAAAACCUUUUGUCUGUCCAGAGGAAGGUUGUGGUACCCGAUUUAACAGAAAGGAUAACUUGAAGGCACAUCUAAAGAAAAUCCAUAGUCUGCAUAAGAACCAGGUGAACCAAAAAGUAGAUGGUAAAGAAUAUGAGUAA